CGCUGCGGAGCCGGAGGAGCCGGACGGGGCCGCGGAGCCGGGACGGGGCCGCGGGGCAGCGCCGGGGCCGGCGCCGAGCGGGGUGAAUUAGAGAAAGUGACUCCCAGAGCACCUUGGCUGUAUGAACUCUUGAGCUGUCAAGGGACUGAGAGGCUUAUGAAGAGGUUCUGUCAGGCAAAACAGUGCUUAGCAAAGACACCAAGGAGGAGGGAAAAGGAGAAAGGGAGGGAGAGAGCUGCAACACUAACAAACCAUGAGAUCGAUCCGAUCUUUUGCUAACGAUGACCGCCACGUAAUGGUGAAACAUUCAACCAUUUAUCCAUCUCCAGAGGAGCUUGAAGCUGUCCAGAACAUGGUCUCAACAGUAGAAUGUGCCCUUAAGCAUGUCUCUGACUGGAUGGAUGAAAAAAACAAGUCUGCAAAGAGCGAGGGUGAUGUGGAAGCCAAGGAGGAAGCUGCAGAAGGCACAGCCAAGGAUCAAGGUGGUCGGACGUUAUGUGGUGUUAUGAGAAUUGGCUUGGUUGCAAAGGGCUUGCUGAUCAAAGAUGACAUGGACCUGGAGCUGGUUCUCAUGUGCAAAGAAAAACCCACAAAGACCUUGUUAUGUAUUGUUAAAGACAAUCUCCCAGCUCAAAUUCAGAAACUUACAGAAGAGAAGUAUCUGGUGGAGGAGCAUGUAAAUGAGGCAGCUAUUGUUAUCCAUAACACAAAGGAGCCCAAGCUCACUUUGAAGGUGAUACUCACAUCCCCUCUCAUCCGAGAUGAAGCAGAGAAGAAGGAAGGAGUAGAUAAUGUUGCGAUGAAAGAUCCUCCGGACUUAUUGGACAGGCAGAAAUGCCUGGAGGCCUUGGCGUCUCUGCGGCACGCCAAAUGGUUUCAGGCCAGGGCAAAUGGACUAAAAUCAUGUGUAAUUGUCCUUCGUAUUCUGCGGGAUUUGUGCAACAGAGUCCCCACAUGGGCACCGUUGAAAGGCUGGCCACUCGAGCUUAUAUGUGAAAAAUCUAUAGGUACUUGUAAUAGACCUUUGGGCGCUGGGGAAGCGUUGCGACGAGUGAUGGAGUGUUUGGCAUCUGGAAUUCUGCUUCCUGGGGGCCCGGGGCUGCACGACCCCUGCGAGCGCGAGCCCACGGACGCUUUGUCUUACAUGACAGUUCAGCAAAAAGAAGCCAUUACACACAGUGCUCAGCACGCGCUCAGAUUAUCAGCCUUUGGGCAGAUCUAUAAAGUUUUGGAAAUGGAUCCCCUCCCAUCAAAUAAGUCAUUUCAGAAAUAUUCCUGGUCAGUAACUGAUAAAGAAGGUACAGGCUCAUCUGCUCUGAAGAGACCGUUUGAAGACAGUGUCGGGGAUGAUAAAGAUCCAAAUAAAAAGAUGAAGCGUAAUCUGAGGAAAAUACUAGAUAGUAAAGCAAUAGAUCUCAUGAAUGCUCUGAUGAGGCUGAACCAAAUCAGGCCAGGGCUUCAGUAUAAGCUGCUGUCACAGUCUGGUCCAGUCCAUGCCCCAGUCUUCACAAUGUCUGUAGAUGUUGAUGGUACGACUUAUGAAGCAUCAGGACCUUCUAAGAAAACAGCCAAGCUCCAUGUGGCAGUGAAGGUUUUACAAGCAAUGGGGUAUCCAACAGGUUUUGAUGCAGAUGUGGAAUGUGUAAGUUCUGAUGAAAAAUCAGAUACUGAAGGUAAAAAUGAAACAACGUCUUCAAUCUCAAGCAAUAAUAAUACUGGCAAUUCCACAGCUGACACCUCCGCUACCCUAGAGGUAAGAACUCAGGGUCCCAUACUCACAGCAAGUGGUAAAAACCCGGUGAUGGAGCUCAAUGAAAAGAGAAGAGGUCUGAAGUACGAGCUCAUCUCCGAAACAGGGGGAAGCCAUGACAAGCGCUUUGUGAUGGAGGUAGAAGUAGAUGGGCAGAAGUUCAGAGGUGCAGGCCCAAACAAGAAAGUAGCAAAAGCAAGUGCUGCAUUAGCAGCACUUGAAAAACUGUUUUCUGGGCCUAAUGCAGCAAAUAACAAGAAAAAGAAGAUUCUUCCUCAGACUAAAGGGGUUGUCAAUACAGCUGUUUCUGCAGCAGUCCAGGCUGUUCGAGGCAGAGGACGAGGUGCUUUAACACGAGGGGCGUUCGUUGGGGCAGCUGCUGCUACUGGAUACAUAACACCAGGCUAUGGAGCACCAUAUGGAUACAGCACAGCGGCACCAGCCUACGGUGGUUUUUUCAUUGACAGUCCCUAUUGCCAGCCUCUCAGCAUCGCACCUUUUAUUAUUCACUUGGGCCCUCAAGAUUUCUUCUCUGACUUCUAGAACCAUCAGGUUGUGUGGCUCCAAAUGUGGCUCGUUUUGAGGUUUCUCAACUUCAGACAUGGGAUCUGAGCUUUUUUCCUUCUUUUUUUUUUUUUAAAGUGUUUUUCUUACUUCUUGAACUUUGCUCCAUGUAAUGAAAAGCAAUACUUAGUCCAAGCCACAAGUCCUCUCUUUGGGUACAUAGCAAUAGAUGUGUAUAUACUCCUGGUUAUUUCUUUACACUAGAAGGGGAAGGACUGCUGUGUUGAGGGGGGAAAACCAAAUGCCAAACCAAGGCACAACCCGGGUCGAGUGCUGCUUCAAGCACUGAAAUCUGCCUUUACUUUCACUAUUGAAGUCCUUCAGAAUUUUGAUACUAUGCUGUAUUUGCAUGUUUCCUAUAAAAGUUGCUACAGAGCUGUGCAAUGGUCACUCCUGAAGCAGCAGUGCUUUGUACCAUUGUGCAUGUCAGCAGACAUGAAAUGUAGCAAAAUGGCAGAAGAAAACAGAACAUAAUAUUUUUUCCCAAAAUGUAACUGAAUGAUAUAUUCUCUCUCUUUUUCCCUCAUCAUUGAUAUGAGGCACAAAAAUGAUAGGCCUGAACUUGAAAAUCAAGUGGAUUGCUUUUGUGUCUCUUAAAAUCAUCACCAAAUGAUAGGAAAAUACAGUAUUUGGGAAACAUCCAGUUCAAAAAACUUUGCUGCUCUAAAUUUACUGAGAUAUUUCCCUCUUGAAUAUUUGUAUGUUGAUAUUUUGAGAUUGUCAAUCAGCAAUAACUGAAAGGUUAAUGUUUUUUUAAAUGGUAUUGGAACAUCUAUAUGUUGCAGCUUAAGACUUCUAAGCAGUUUUCAGCAGGUUAAUUCCACUUUAUUCUCAUUCUCUCCGGACCUUCAUAGCCAUAUGCACUUGUAUAAAAUAAGCAGAAAUGUAGUGACUGUAAGCUGAGAUCGUGAUAUAAAAGGUAAGAGAUUUUAUUUUCAGCUUAAAGAAUAUUUUUAUUGCUUUUUUUCUAAAAAUCUCGUAUACCCGUGACAAUCUUGUAUAUGGCACGUUUUUAUUAUGUCUUGAUAACUCAGUGUUUAAAGAGGUAAUACAUAGGUCUGAAUCCCAACUUUGUAUUUCUCAAGGCCAAUUCAAAUACUCCAGUUUCAGUUAAAAAAAUAUUACCUAACACUUAAGAAAUUGUUUGGUUUUAUCAACGGACUGUUCUCCUUCAAAUAUUUCUCUCCUGUGUAGCAUAAAAAGCUGUGUUGAUACUGCCGUGUCAGGCACUGCAUUCCUUGCAUCCCUGUGGACACGUUUGGGUAGGUACCAAAGCCAGGCCAUGGCCUGCUCUGAAUAACGCACACCUUGGUUCUGGCUAAGUGCAACGGGUGACACUAAUAAUGAGAGAAACUAUUUCCCUAAACUGUUAAAGCUAAACUCCAAAUGAAGAAUUAAGAACUUUGAUGAUAUUGCAGUUAAAAUCUGCAGAGAUCAAAUUACAUUAGGUCAAAUUAAUUCAGGAAGCAGCCAGGUUUGCUUCCCUCCUGUGGGUGCAGUGCAGGACAGGAGGGCAGGCAGGGAUUUAUCUCUGCGUGAAUCCUUUGCUUAGCUGUGCUUUUCUACAGCUGGAAAUUAGGAUACAGCCAUCCAUAAAUAAUUCUUUUCAGUUCUGUAGUAAAUGUUUUAACAAUAUUUUACUUAAAUAAAAAUGGGUUUGGAUUAUGACCUAUUGGUGCACAUGAUAUGUGUAGUUUUAAAAUACUAUUUUUUUAUUUGUCUUUUAAACCUUGCGUUAUGCAAAGCUGCAUAGUACAGUACUCCAGAAGUGCAGUACUUGCAGUACUUGAAGUUGCUGGAAACAACUCUUUUUAUAUAAAAAUGGCUAAAAAAUAAAAAAGCAAAAGGGAGCAAGUUGAUGAUGAUGUAUUAGCAUUUUAGGGUCUCAAUUCAGAGAUGAAAACAGGAACAACCCCUGACUGGUAACAGUUGACACUGGUGUCAAACAGAAAACCACUUAGUACAGAAUAUGUAGUGGUGUAUCAAGCCCAAAGGUCUGCAUCAAAACACUAACAGCAAAUAUAAACUAUAUUUGAUUUUAAUAUUGAAUCAUCAAAUUCACUAAGUAACUGCAUGCACAUCCAUUCCUCAGGAUAUUUCUGGAUAUAAUGCAUAGGCUGGUAAGGGAAAAAGAGCUGUUCAAUCGUGUCAGCUUUGCUGCUGAACUUGCACCUGGGAAAUGAACUGAGGAACUGUUCCAGGGGCUGGCCCUGGAAGCACAUAAUCCUUCCAUGACAUCUGCAGGACAACUGAUGAGCCAUCAGAACGUCCUUCCUGUUCAGGGGGCAGGUUUCUAUCUGCUGUUAUCUUCAAGGUGCAAACUCAGGGCUGGAUCUGCAGCUCACCUACACUUCAGUCCCUUUUUAAGCCUGGCAGGCCCAGCAGUGCUGAUCCCGGAGCAGCAGGCUGCUCUGCUCCUUCAGACAGGAUAUUAUAUGCAUCAAGGUGCAUUAUAAUGAACUUCUCCUGAAUAUUCCUUUCCUAAGCUUAACUGCUGUCAGCCUGACAAGCACUGUCCACUUCAAGACUGAUAAUAAACAUCUUGCUGACUCUCAUUUGAUCUGCUUCUUUGUGGACUGUGCUUGGCAGCUUAAUCCAUAUGUAUUUCUUUCCAGCAGAAUUGCUUUAACUGUGAAUUUCUGUAUUUUUCUGUUAUCACUUUUUUUAACUCUUAAAAACCUAAGCUUUCCACUCUCCUGCUGUUUUUUUUAAAUUAUCUCAAAUUUCUUGCAUCUUUUUUUCUCUAGAUUUCUCUAAUACCCUGCUCUUUGUAAUGCAGUAAAGCAUUGCAGUAUUUAUGUCUAAGAUGGCCCCUUGCCUUUGCUGCCUCCCUUUUCAGUAGGAGAGAACCAUUUUCUGAUAUAUGAAACAUACUAAGACUCCUAAAUCUGGGUUCUGCAGCCUCCUGGAAUCAGAGAUAAGACUCUAAGGGGCAUGAUUGCCUGGGAACCCCUCUCAUUCAUGUGGAACUUGAGCAAAAUAGCCCCUUGUACUGAAGGGUCACAGAGUAGGCUCUGAAGUGCUUGAUGUAUUCAGGUUUGAGAGAGCAGCCAAUUCCAUCAGUAGAUUUUAGCCUAAUGUCAGGCUAUUAUCUGAUCAGUAAUCUGGAUAACAUUUGCUUCAUCAGUGUUGCAUCAAGUAUAGCUUUGCUAAAGCAGAAGUAGAAACUCGUUUCUUCUGCAUAUAACUUUCAGGUUUCCUUUUAAAAGCCUCCUCACAGGAUCUUGGUCUGAACUGCCUUUUCUGUGAGGUUGGAGGUCUGUGUUACAGCUAUUGGGCUUUGCAUUUCUGCAUGUACCCAAGAGCCAAACGCAUACAUCUGGUUGUGUAUGCUCUGUGCAGCUGCCAGUAGCAUUACCAAUUCUGGAGUACCUUUUCAGUGGAGCAGAAAUGGUAUUUUACAGUUUGAAUUUCUGGUUCAUGGAAAAGAAAUCGGAAAAGUUCCUUUCAAUUAGUACAUCUAUAAAUAGGAGACCAGGGAAAGUCUGUGCCUAUACACUACCCACCUUAACGCUAGUUUUAGCUAACCAGAUGAUCGUGUGUAUUUUGGGAGAUGGUGUCUGGCACUUAUGGGAUUAAAAGCCAGAGAUUUACAAUGAAGAACCAAACUGUUUAAUGUGUUCUCUAUACUGGACAUGAAUGGCAUCACCACUGACUUUGCAAAAACACCCAUGAGCUUUAGGGGUCUGCUUCUGUCCUACUUUGCCAGCCAUAAGAGAUUCCUCCAGGCAGGCUCUUCUAGAGAAGGGUUUAGAGUAAGCAGCCUGCUUUGGAGGGCUUGGCUAGCUCAGAACGUGUGUGUGGUGCUUCGGGCCAUCGCGUUCUCUCUCUGCCAGUGCUUGCUGUCUUCCUUAAGCACACAUUCAGGAGCUGGAACACAGUGACCUUAUUCCUGGGCGUUUGGCCAGUUGGAUGGAGGGAGGCCAGCCUGUGCUCCUGAAGGGAAUGUGUAACACGAGGCCUCGGUUGCCCAAGCAAUUUCUGUUGGACACGGUGCACAAUCCAACCCUCACAAAGGCAAUUUAGUGCCUGGGUAGGUGGUUCCUAAUCUGUCUAAUUUGCUGUCCUGUAGCCAGUGUGAGCUAAUUAGAUGAUUCAGCAAUUGUCAUGGCUCCCCACUUAAUGUGCUGUAAAUGCUGCUGCCAUGACUUUCACUGCUGUUAAAUACCUUUGCUUCUGUGAAGUCUGUCCUCCUGCCCUGCAUUUUCUGAUCAUCUUCUAGAAUCCUAGUAAAGAACUGAUUCUCUCAAAUUAUGAAAUUGUUACAUAUAAGUAUCUAGAUUCUUAAAAACUUUUAAUCAGACUGUGAAGCACUUCAGAGAAACCAGUUUUCCUGCAAAUAUUUCAACUUAUUCAUGUGCCAGAGGACUAUUUCUACUCAUUAACAAAGAUCUGAAAACUGCUCCAGUAUCUCUCAUCUCUGGAGAAAAGGAUUCUUUCUUUGAGAACACUUGCCUUCUGGUAGGAAAAAAGAUUUUAAAGUGUGUCUUAAUAAAAUACUGUGCCCUCAAGCCCCUGAAAGAACUUAACUGGGGAAAAGCGCACAAAUCUAAAAUUAUUUAAGGCUUUAUACUGUGCUAUUGAGAACAAUUUCCCUGACAAGAAGUUCCUCAGAUUAUCAGGAUGUAGAAAAUGCAGGAGGAGAGGCAUGAAGAUUUUUCAAGUAGUCUGAGAAAAACAUCUUCUGUUUGUUGGCUGUUCAGCUAUGCAACAUCAUUCUCUUGUCAUUUAUUUUUCUCCAAGACAGCAAUAAAUGUGAGCAGCUUUAACGUACCACCUCUGAUCCAGUCCUGGCAAUGUCCCUUGGAGAGUGAGAGUGGCAUUCCCUGUUUUUUCUGCCACCAACUCCCUCAUGUAAAGUCCCUUGCUUCAUUUGUAAUUCUACAUCUGUACUUUUGAGCCAGUCUAGAGGUGGGAUAGCUGAACAUCUCUCCUAAUCCGUAUAAACGACAAGACAGUAUUUCAGUCUUUACUCAGACAAAAUUACACGUUUCCUUCUGCCUCUUGUGCUUGGUAUACCAAGAUAUACUCACUCAGUAUUAGAACUUCUUGCCUUUAGGGGAAUUCUAAGACAGCUGCCUCUUACUUAAUGAAGGGAAAGCUAUGUCCCAGCCUCACUGAGUUCCAAGUCACAAAGCAGCUUUAAAAACAGCUCCUAUUUCCGGUGGCUCUGGCAAACAGCACAGGAGCUCUGCUGCUGUGGAUUCCUUUGGAUACACGAUGAGAUGUGUAAACAUGAAAUUCAGAUUGUUGUUCUCAGUCAUGAGGCUGACUAAGACCUCGCCUCUCUGGCAUCAAAAGAAUGAAAAUGAGCUCUGUGCUGGGCACACUGAGGAGCUCUGUUAGGAACGGCUGUUCUGUCUCAAAAAACAGUAACUCAGCUCGAAUGUUCAGCACACAGACCCUCUUGGGCUUCCUGCUAAAUAAUCCAGUGAAAAAUGAGAUAUUUUAUUGACUUGUUUAAAGCAGAACAAAGAGACAGGGUAGCUGAAUCUGCUGUCUUAGUGCAGGAGACAGCUUGUCUAACAGCUUGUUGGUUUCAUUCCACUGGAAGUGGAAAUUCUGCUACAGUCAUUUUAGAGCACUUCACCAGAGAAACCCAGCACUGAAGUCCUGUGCCUAUGGACCGCAGCAGCAGUUUCAUGUGCACUUUCUUUUGAACAUAAACCAUUUCAGCUAGUGGUUAAGUAGUUGGCAUUAAGAGAAUUGUCACUACUAAACUGUUUUAUUGCUUAACCUCAGAGCAAUGCCUUCUUAGCUUUAUUUGUGUCAUCUGAAUCCACACCUGUUUAUGUCCAGAUAUUGUGGUGCUUGCCUUUUCUGCUCAGAGAUAUGGGAUUCACUUGUUGGUUUGUGACUGAUAAUACAAAAGCACAAGUAGGACACAUCUGCCUGUUCCUCUGUCUCCUCCUCUCUCUGGGGUUUCCCAGAAGAAAGGGGACUCUCCCUCCCACACCGCUCUGAUGCUGUGUAAGCAAGGCAAUGCUGUGCUGUGAGUGCUGUGAGUUAGCUAAGAGAAAAGUUCAUCAGACAGUAAGGUUUAAAUUCAGUAAAGUGGGUUUUUUUCUCCAGUUCCUGAGACUGCAUGAAACAUUCAGACCAUAUUGUUUACCUUGAUGUUUUUGAGGAAUGUCCAAAAGUGGUGUGUGGAGAUGUGCAGUUCUAAAGCACAUCUCUUAUUUUGGAUGUUGUUUUAUCUUGCAUUUGGUGCCUUAACUCUGUACAGUUUAAGGUCAUAUAUACUGUACCACAGGUAGUUUAGUAGUUGUGUACUUGAAAAGAACCCAUCAAGCCUAGUCUAUAGAAACUCAUUUACAGACUGAAGCCUUCUCAGGGGGAGUACUCUUCCAUGCUUAAUUAAUAAUCCACCAAGAAGUGAGAGUUACAAGAAUGUAAAGAACAUUUAAAAAAUUUAACUGUAGAGUCUGAAUUUAUCUGAUUUCUAACUUCAAAGGUUUGGGGUAGUAAGAUAAUUAAAGCUGCAGUCUCUUCUAUGCUGUGUUAAGUAAACAACUUCAAAAUGUUUUCUCACCAGCCAGAACUGCACAUUUCUGAAAACCUCUGGACUGCUAUCUCUAGUAGAAUAAAUAACACUUAAUUUUAAAAGGCAUUAAUUGAAUGUAACUGGCUAUCCUCCACUGGUUAGCAGAAGAGAGUUGGAAUGAGUAAAAGCUGCAGUUAAUUUUUAAUUGAUUAAACUUAAGCCUCAUUCAUACCUCUAGCCAGGAUCCAGAAGCUCCAGCUGCCUUAUGCUGCUUUGCAGUUCAUGAGGUGUAGUGCGGCAUCAGCUUGAACACAGGAUUUCUGAAUGCAUCUGGUUCUGGCAAGAGAGAGAAAACAUAACGGAAGAAAAUGUCCUUCUCCAGUUUUAGAGGUUAGAGCAUCAUAGACAGAAGCUGGAGGGAAAGUUGCACUGCCUUUUCCAAGUCCAUUAAGAAAGUCUGUGGUAAAACCAGGAGGUUUAUGUGUGCUGGGGAAAGCCAGCAGCUUUGUGUACUAUGAGCAGGGGGAGCUGGGAUUGCUUUUUCAAUACUUAGUGAGAAAUGAGGUAAGAGGUUUAAGCUAUCCAUACAGCAGGCUAAAAGCUGCUAAUGAUGUUGCUAAAGGAGAUGCAUUUUUUUUUUUCUGUUCAGUAAACAAGUCCAGGAUUGCUGGUUUUCCAGAGGAGGAAUGUGAGAAAUCCAAUGGACAGAUUUUGUUUCCUGAUGCACUCCUACCCAAAACAGAUAGAUAGUUCCAGGCAGUAUACAGAGCAUGCCAUUGAAUUUUGGGAGGAAAAGGAAUAAUAGUCAUUUCCUCAGAAGGAACAGUAGUUAGUUAUUUCUGUAAUGCCCACAGUAUUCUAGACAAGCUGCCUUUACACAGAGGAGCAUGGCAACAAGGGAAAGCAGAUACUGCUCCCACAGUGACCUGUGUGUACACAUUUUAGGUCACCAAUAUUGGUGUAACUCCUUAUGACAAACUAGGUUCCUCUUACCAGCAAAGUGUAUUUUGACAUUCUAUCCACUUCUAUUUUUUAAGCUAAAGGGGAGUUAAUCAUAGCACUCAUCUGUUUUGAUGGGAGUAGAGCAGAAGGUAAGUUUUAACUUCAUACUUUGAAGCUGCUAUGAAUAGAUUAACAGUGUUCCAUGGAAACAACCUGAUGUACUUCUUUAUUUUCUUGGAGUUUCAUUUCUGUGUUCUUGCAAAAGCACAAGCUUGUGGAAGCGUAAUCAAUACAGAGUUACUCAGGGUACUGCAUCAUCUCAGCAGUGGACACUAACUGCAUUUUAAGUCAACAGGCACACAUAAAUCAAGCUUAAUUAAGAGGAACAGGACAUCUUGGCAAGUUUUGCUUUAUUACUGGCACUGCUACAAUUUAAUGAUCUAUGCAUACUGCAAUGUGUGUAUUGCUGCACUCACUCCCAACAGAAUGUGAGUCUUGUAAGUGUGUCCUGUAAAGUAUCAAAGUCAGGGCAAGAGAGACAGUAUUUAUUCUUCUGUCAUUAUUUUCACAAAGAACUGUUUCUAAGCAGAUGGAAAGUCAUUCUGCUCAAAGGAGAAUAACGGUGGGCUAGAGAACAGCAUUCGGAGCAGUACAGCUUCUGAAAAGUUCGUGAUCCUAUGAAUUUAAUUACAAAAAUUCUGAUUUGCAGUACAGAUUCUUUCCUGUGUUUUUAAACUCAUAUAACUGUUUCCUUGCUCAAAAUAACAGGAUAAAGACAAGUGUAGUUUUCUGAUAACAUCUAUUGUGUGGAAAUCCACAUACACUGGAAGAAAAGGGAGGCUGUACUGCAGAGAGCAUAUUCAACUACAGAGCCAUUCUCUGGGCAAUGCUGCAUAAUUUAGGAGUGGGUAACCAUGCCUUCAGGGACAACAUGAAACAGAGCAGAUGGUUGAAAAAAAAAUCACAGAAAAAAGCCUCCAAGCUUUGUCCAGU